GCUGUUGCGUGGCACGAACGUCUGGGUGAGCUCAACUGUCCCAGGAAGCAGCAGCAGCGGUGGUUAUUUUAUUUUUUUAUUUUUUAUAGAAAGAAAGAAGAGGAAGCUGUGGAUUUCGAGGUCGGAGGAAACGAAAUGGAGUAAAUUAUUUUCAAGUGAUGCUAGACUAGUUAUCGGCGCCGUCAAGGAGCAUUUAUUGUGUUUUUUUUGCGGCGAUAUCGGCAAUGUUUGCUGCUGAAGCGGCUCGGCUCGUCUGCAGGGGGUAACCGGAGCUUUAGCUAACAGUCGCCUCAAAAACAGGCAGAAAACACAGAUAAGACAAAACAUUUCUUUCAGCUGGGAGGUGAGCUGGCGGCAAGCCAAUAAUUGACUCUGGAGCAGGACACGGAGGAUAGUAUGGCCAUGACGGGAGGGACGGCAGCUGCCCUUCCCAUGAGCAACCACACCCGAGAGCGGGUGACCGUGGCCAAGCUGACGCUGGAGAACUUCUACAGCACGCUGCUCACCCAGCACGAGGAGCGCGAGAUGAGGCAGAAGAAGCUGGAGAAAGUCAUGGAUGAAGAGGGUUUGCCAGACGAAGAGAAGGUGAUGCGGCGCUCCCAGCACGCCCGCAAGGAGACGGAGUUCCUGCGGCUGAAGAGGACGCGACUCGGCCUCGACGACUUCGAGUCCCUCAAGGUCAUCGGGCGAGGCGCCUUCGGAGAGGUCCGUUUGGUGCAGAAAAAAGACACAGGACACAUUUACGCCAUGAAGAUUUUGAGAAAAGCAGACAUGCUGGAGAAGGAGCAGGUGGCUCACAUCCGGGCGGAGCGGGACAUCCUGGUGGAGGCGGACGGCGCCUGGGUGGUCAAGAUGUUCUACAGCUUCCAGGACAAGAGGAACCUCUACCUCAUCAUGGAGUUCCUGCCCGGAGGCGACAUGAUGACCCUGCUGAUGAAGAAGGACACUCUGUCUGAGGAGGCGACUCAGUUCUACAUCGCCGAGACGGUCCUCGCCAUCGACUCCAUCCACCAGCUGGGCUUCAUCCACCGAGACAUCAAACCAGACAACCUGCUGCUGGACUCCCGGGGUCACGUCAAGCUGUCAGACUUCGGUUUGUGCACGGGACUGAAAAAGGCUCAUCGCACGGAGUUUUACCGGAACCUGACGCACAACCCGCCCAGCGACUUCUCUUUUCAAAACAUGAACUCCAAGAGGAAAGCAGAGACCUGGAAGAAGAACCGGAGGCAGCUGGCUUAUUCGACGGUGGGAACGCCGGACUACAUCGCCCCCGAGGUCUUCAUGCAGACGGGCUACAACAAGCUGUGUGACUGGUGGUCUCUGGGCGUCAUCAUGUACGAAAUGCUCAUCGGUUACCCUCCUUUCUGCUCGGAGACGCCGCAGGAGACGUACAGGAAGGUGAUGAACUGGAAGGAAACGCUCGUCUUCCCGCCCGAAGUCCCCAUCUCAGAGAGAGCCAAGGACUUGAUAUUAAGGUACUGCACUGACGCUGAGAACCGGAUCGGAGCCGUGAGCGUGGAGGAGAUCAAGAGCCACCCGUUCUUCGAGCCGGUGGACUGGGAGCACAUCAGGGAACGUCCGGCCGCCAUCUCCAUCGAAAUCAGAAGCAUCGACGACACAUCAAACUUCGACGACUUCCCUGAAUCAGACAUCCUGCAGCCAGCCAACGUGACGGAGCCGGACUUCAAGUCGAAGGAUUGGGUUUUCCUCAACUACACCUACAAGCGUUUCGAGGGUCUGACUCAGCGCGGCACCAUCCCCACCUACAUGAAGGCAUGAAGGCCUGAAGCGCCAGAAGAAGAAGGGGACGUGACGUUUACGGACACAGGGUCGGGCCGCCGAGCCCCGCCGGUGCUGCAGGCGUCCUGCCAGCGCGGGCCGCCGUCCCAAUUCAGCCCUCAUCACAAAACAAGCUCUUUAGGUUCGCUCAGCCGCCGCAAGAAAACCCAACAACUCGGGAAUUGAGGAACGUUAACGCAUUACCUCGGGUGUUUGUAUCAUACAUGUGCCGUCUUUAGCCGUAGGUCUCAGGCCAGUUCACUAACUAGGACACUAAGUCAGCAAAUCUGCAUGUUCAGCGGCUUGUGGAGAGGAGCUUCACCGGGAAAAAAACAAAAAAAAAAACUUCAGAAUGAGUCAGCGUUUCAGCGUCUUCAGGCGGCGCUCACACGGACGCUUCUCGUGCGUCGAAAAAAUAGAAGAAAAAAAUACGGACGGUAUGAAAUUCAUUUCGAUGAUAACUAAAAUAUCACAACCGAAUGCAUUAAAAAGUUUAAAGGAGCAGUUCACCCAAAAUACAAAACAAAAUGGUAUUUUCCCCAAGUGUUUUCUGUGCAUCCAGGUAGUUUCUGUGUGAUUUGUUGAGGUUUCCAGUCUGUCUCCCUUCACUCCGGCACAGUGGGGCUGCAUCGAGAUGGUUUUGUUUUGUGGAGCUCAAACUGUCAAAACUUUACUUGUGAAAACGUCUGAAAGCGAGGAUCCAUCUGCCUCUAAUUGGUGCUCGCUGAGGGGGGGCAGGUGGAUCCAGCUUGACGGCGUUCUUUGGCGGGGAAAUAGUUCCCAACAAAUCCCGUCGCCUCCGGCAGCUGUGGCUCAUAUCGGGUGUCCCGUGUCGUUCUCUUUGGGAAAGAGCCGCUGCUGUCGGGUUUUUCCACAUGAACAUUUUUGACCGUUUGAGCUCCAGGCAAGGAAAGGGAGGCAGACUCACCAAGUCACACAGGAAUGCGCUGUGGGUUUCUGCACGCAUGAGAACGUCCUGGAAAUGUCACCGAGUUUGAAAAUGUGCUUUACAGGCCUGGAAACGUUUUGGAAAAUGAAAGCAGAAUAUCAUACAAAAAUUCAUGUCCUCCAUAUCGGUGGCUGAGAUCCUCACAGUGUGUUCAAAAUGCCUCAUUGCCAUCCUUACGCACUUGUGACUCUUCCAUGGAUUUAAAUAGCUGUAAUUUAGUGAUUCUUUUGUGCUUAUGACUCAAAAACCAAGCAAUGUUUCUCUAUUUACACUCUUUUGAUUUGAUCAGAGGCCAAGAGGCUGCAGGCUGUUAAGUGUCCCACAAGGAAAAAGGCAAAACUUGGAGGAAAAUCAACAAAAUUAGACACAAAAAUCCAGGAAAUGUAAUGGAAUUUGAAAAAUCUGCCGGAAAUGUUCUGGAAAAUGAUGAAAUAUCCUUGAAAAAAUUUAAAAAGUUGCUGAAAUUUGGUCGAGCUCCAGCCUGAGAUGGGAGAAAAAGGAAGAUAUUUUUAUUUCCUCCAAAGCAGCUGUUGAUUGAGAUUUAUUUUAUUUGUUUUCGGUUUCCACUCCUCAAAAUUGUAAAUGUUGCUUCAGUGUGACACCGCAAAAAUACAGUCGUGGAAGUCUGGUACGUGUUAAUGGAAAAGUCUUGGAGUCAAACUGGUAAAGAAAUGCAGAAACCCUGAAGUCAGAGCAGCUUUUGGGCGACCUGUUCCUGAGGAAAAAAAAAAAGAAAAACACUUCAAAUCAGACCCGUGUGGUACCGUCCUGCGUGAACGCCGCCUGACGCUGCAAACGACGACGUCCGUCUCGACGAAGCCCAUCCUGUCUUCACGGAUUCUGUGUAGAUAAAUCUGUUUGUUUUUUGUUUUUGUUUUUUUGUUUUCUUUUUUAAUCAAAUCAGUGCCACAAUUAACCAACCGUUGUACAUUUCCCGCCCCCGUGUUUCAAUUAGAAUCAACCCGAGAGCCAAUCGCUUCUUUCUCUAAAACGUGCAAAGUGCCUUUGAAUAGCCGAUAGAAAAUAUUUGAUCAGAUGUUUUAUCGACAUUAUCAGAGGAUUAAUCGUCAGGCUUUGGAUUAAGAACGCUUGAGCGAGAAGAAUGGCAACAAGGAACUGUGAAACAGAGACGACUACUGACAGAGAAAGACGAGUAAAAUCAUCUCUGCGUUUAAAACUGAAACGCUCGCGCCCGGUGAAACCGAUCUGAGGGGAGAAAACUCAGUGAUAAACGAUGAUGUUGGCACAAAGUUUUUAUAGUUAUGGUUUCUUUUUCUUUUUUUUAUCAUAUUGCCUCAAAGCAAACCAACAAAAUAUCAAGAUGACAAGCAAAGAUACAACUAAAGUAGAUCACAAACUAACAAUAAUUUAAAAAAAAAAAAAAAAAAAGGCGUUGAUUUGGUAAAUAUAAGAAGAGAAUGACACAUUUGUGGCUUUUAGCGUCCUCACGUUAUGUUGAGUAAUUUAGAUUUGUGUUUCUCUUGGAGUCAUCAGUGUUAAAAAAAAUAAAAAUUAAAAUAAUAAUAAAAAAAAAAAAAAAAAUCAGGCCUGUGCUUCACGACAGAACAAGCUGUUAAAUCUCGGCGUUUGCUUGGAUUUGUGAGCAGAAGGAGGCUGAAGACAGUAGUUACCAAAGAUCACCACCUCUCGAUCCAAACAGAAGAACAGAUGUAGCCGCUGCCUCUGCUGCACUUAACCUUCCAGACUACCUUGUAACAAAAAAAACUAAAAAAAAAAAAAAAAAACAACAAAAAAAUCACCUUUACAGACGAGCUCGUGUACGUUUUGAGACUGAUCUGCUGUUUUCUGUGUCCUGCGCCUGUCAGACAGAAAGAGAUCUGAGACUGAAGCUUUCCUGUUACCGCAUCUGCUCGCUGUCAAAAAACAAAAAAAAAAAACAAAAAAAAAAGCAAAGUGGAGGCAUGAAGGUCGUACGAACAGGCGAUCCGACUGAAGCUGCAGCCGUCGUGCAAAUUUCCCCUCCAGCCUUUUAGUGCUGCUGCUCCGACUCCGAGAGGAAGAAUCUGGAAACAGUCAAAUGGAUAUCCAGGAUUAACCCUUUGAAACCUCAGCAAACUCACUUGAUUUCUCUCAAAAACGUGUGGGGGAAAAAGUGACAAAUAGCGCACACACAAAAAAAAUUACCAGUAAAAAUAUAGCAAAAAUAAUUUAAUUAAUUAAAAAUAAAUUACAUGAAAAUUGGCAAAAAAAAAAAUUUAAAGUACAAGAAAGCUAUAUUUUUACUUAUUAAAAUGAUAUAUUUAAAUGCGAAGAAAAACAGCAGAAAAUUAAGAGAAAGUCACAAUUAUUAACCCUUACCCUGCAAUAUAUAAGUUAAAUUAAGUUAAGAAAAUUGCCAUAAAAUUAUCACAAAAUUAAAAAAAAAAAUUACCAAAAAAAAGAAAACAAAAUAAAAAAAAAAAAAAGGCCCCUGGUUUCCAAAGGGUUAAAAAAAAAAAAAAAAACCUGAACAUGAUUUUUUAAAUUGACCAAGAAAAAAAAGAAAGUGCAGGUCGGGGUCAAAGGUCAUGGCGUAAACCCUUGGAUGGUGCAGGCGAGCAGCAGCACAGGUGCAGGGUGGGAGAUUUUUGCGGGUGGCCGCGGCGCGUUCUCGAUGUGUCGACUCACUGGAACACGACGAAACCAACAUGGCAACCCGUCGUGUGUGUGUGUGUGUGUGUGUGUGUGUGUGUGUGUGUGUGUGUGUGUGUGUGUGUGUGUGUGUGUGUGUGUGUGCGUGCACGCUCAGCUUGAAACAUCGAACUCUCUCCAUUUGUUCCACAUUAGAUGUUUAUUCCCUCCUGUCUCUUCCAUGUAGAUUAAACGCAGAUUAACGAGGUUCGGGAGGGCAAAUAUUUGGGAUCCAUGAGAUUCACAUAUACAUAUAAAUAUACAGAAAUAUAUAUAUCUAUAUAUUUAAAAUGACUUGAAAUCCAUUACUGUGUCACUUUAUCUGAAGGGGGGCUAAAGCAUCAUGACUUGAGGUUAAAAAAAACAACAAAAACAAAAAACAAAAUAAGAGUUCAGAAGCCUGUUUUUAUACGGAGGGUCGGCGGUGCCAAAACUCCCUCUGCACAAUAUCUGUCCACACGGCUGUUUAUUACCUCAUAGAGACGCCAAGAAAUGGACUUUUAUUUUCUUGAUUUGAUGUGUUGAAACAGGAAGUUUGGGCAGGAUCACUCACAAGUGCAAAGAAGCAUUUUAUUUUGAAGGAUGAGAGAGGGGGUUUAAAGGUUUAUGAAGGUUUUACUGGUUGAACUUUGAGGUCAAGGUGCAGUUUGAUGAUGUCACCGUUCAGGAUGCUCCGUCUGGGGUCAUGUGAGGUCAUUUCUCGGGGACGUUAAUGCGGUCUGAAACUCCGAUGUCAUGUUUGUGUUUUUCUUCACGUUGUGGGCACAGUCGACCUUCCAUACGGGGUCGACCGCACCACUCGCUCAUUAAUAUCAACAUAAGAUAAUUUUUUUUUUUUUUUUUUAACAUGCCCCUAAAUCUCCACAGGUGCUGCACCAAGAGAAAUGCAAAUAUCAGGAACGGCUGCCUCAGUGCUUUUAUUUUCUUAUUCUCAGCCUGUGUUAGGAGAUAAUAAAUGGCCGCGUUCUGCAUGUUGGUUUUUGUCCCACCGGCCCUCCCGUACUUCAAUCUUCCACAUGUCCCACGCAGCCUCACCAGGCCAAAAUGAGCACGACCGCUCAGACUCUCUAACAUCACAUCGGUUGUCAUUUUUAUUCCCGGCUACUUGGUGCAGCUUGAGCCCACCAGGACGCACUGCUUUCUGUAUUAGUGGAAAAUUAUUUCUGAAAAACAACAAUUUUUCAGGGGCAUCUACCCGUCUGUUGCAGGAAACACAGGAACUGAGCUCACGAGGUUCAUUUCACUGUGACUUUAAAUAUUCAAAACAAAGUCCAGCGUGUUGAACCGCGAUGUGACGUUAAAAAUAACGUGAACUCGAAAACCUCAUUUUGUCAGUUGCUCGCCGUCCACAACAUGACGAUCUGAUUCCACUGAACGACUGAGGGACGACACUGAAUCGCUGCCCAGGCCUAAAAAAAAAACCCUCUUAUUUAUUUUUAAUCAGACUGAAACAGUUUUCUGCUUCAGCAAAUUAAACUAAAGCCCUGCAGCUACCCC